AUGGACCCUCGCCGCGUUCCCCGCACCGUCAUCGACCCCAAGGUCCGGCAGGUCGGCUUCUUCGCCCCUCCCGACCGCACCCAGUCGGGCCCGGCCGCCGCCCCGCCGCCGGCGUCCGAUCUCUCCCCCUCCGGCAACUCCCUGUCCCCCGUCAUGAUCCCGCCGCCGCGCCACGUCUCCGCCGACCUCUCCCGCCACUUUCCCCAUCCACCGGACUUCUCCCCCCUCCGCGUCGUCUCCCGCCCUGCCGAUUCGUUUAUCCCCGCCGGCAGCUACAACCCGUCGGAGUUCANUUUUUUUUUGGUCAUAUUGAUCUCUUUUUAG